AUGCCCUCCACUUCUCUGUCGGCCGCCGCUGGCGGUAAUGCCAACGACAACAUCACCCGUUUCGAACCUCCUAGCCGCGUCCUCUCACCCCUCAACCACGCCCUCUUCCACAACAAGACACGAUGCUUCGUAUAUGGCAUGCAACCACGAGCCGUGCAGGGCAUGCUCGACUUUGACUUCAUUUGCAAGCGCUCCACCCCCUCUGUAGCCGCGAGACCCUCCCUCCCCGUCUACCAGGACGUCGAGAAGGCCAUUGCUAAGCACCCCGAUGUCGACACCGUUGUCAACUUCGCCUCUUCCCGUUCCGUCUACCAGUCCACCAUGGAGUUGAUGCAAUUCCCCCAGAUUCGCUCAAUUGCCAUCAUUGCCGAGGGUGUCCCCGAGCGUCGUGCUCGUGAGAUCCUGGUUACUGCCAAGGAGAAGGGUAUCACUAUCAUCGGCCCCGCCACCGUCGGUGGUAUCAAGCCUGGUGCUUUCAAGAUCGGUAACACUGGUGGUAUGAUGGACAACAUCGUUGCCUCCAAGCUCUACCGCAAGGGGUCCGUUGGUUACGUCUCCAAGUCUGGUGGUAUGUCCAACGAGUUGAACAACAUCAUCUCCCAGAACACCGACGGUGUCUAUGAGGGUGUUGCUAUCGGUGGUGACCGUUACCCCGGUACGACUUUCAUUGACCACUUGCUUCGUUACCAGAACGAGCCCGAGUGCAAGAUCCUUGUUCUGCUCGGUGAGGUCGGUGGUGUUGAGGAGUACCGUGUGAUCGAGGCUAUCAAGAACGGCACUAUCACCAAGCCCAUUGUGGCCUGGGCUAUCGGCACUUGCGCCAGCAUGUUCAAGACUGAGGUUCAAUUCGGCCACGCCGGUGCCUCUGCUAACUCUCAGCUCGAGACUGCCGUUUACAAGAACAAGGCUAUGCGUGAGGCCGGCAUCCACGUCCCCGACACCUUCGAGGAACUGCCCCACGUCCUGAAGGCUGUCUACGAUGCUGAGGUCCAGAAGGGCAACAUCGUCCCUGCCGCCGAGCCUGUCGUCCCCAAGAUCCCCAUUGACUACUCUUGGGCCCAGGAGCUUGGUCUUGAGCUGCUGUACGCCGGUAUGCCCAUCUCUGAUGUCUUCCGUGAGGACAUUGGUAUUGGCGGUGUCAUGUCUCUUCUGUGGUUCCGUCGCCGUCUGCCUCGCUACGCUAGCAAGUUCUUGGAGAUGGUGCUCAUGCUUACGGCUGACCACGGUCCCGCCGUGUCUGGUGCUAUGAACACGAUCAUCACUACCCGUGCCGGCAAGGACCUGAUCUCUGCUCUGGUCUCCGGUCUCUUGACCAUUGGCUCUCGCUUUGGUGGUGCGCUGGACGGUGCCGCUGAGGAGUUCACCAAGGCCUUCGACAAGGGUCUCAGCCCCCGUGACUUCGUCGACAUCAUGCGCAAGGAGAACAAGCUGAUCCCCGGUAUCGGCCACAAGGUCAAGUCCCGUAACAACCCCGAUCUCCGUGUCGAGCUCGUCAAGGAGUUCGCGAAGAAGCAUUUCCCUUCUACCAAGCUGCUCGACUACGCCAUUGCGGUCGAGACUGUCACCACCUCCAAGAAGGACAACCUGAUCCUGAACGUUGACGGCUGUGUUGCUGUCUGCUUCGUUGACCUGCUCCGCAACUGUGGUGCCUUCUCCGGCGAGGAGGUCGAGGACUACAUGCGCAUGGGUGUCCUCAACGGUCUGUUCGUUCUGGGUCGCAGCAUCGGUCUGAUCGCCCACUACCUCGACCAGAAGCGCCUGCGCACUGGGUUGUACCGCCACCCAUGGGACGACAUCACCUACCUUCUCCCCACCCUGCAGAAGGGUGGUGCGGAAGGCCGUGUCGAGGUCAGCAUGUGA